AUGAACAAUCAGACGGGGCUAAAGUACUAUCCCGAGAAGAUCAAGGCCUUGCCCGGCAGCAUGGUGCAGUAUCAGUUCUGGGACGGCAAUCACACCGUCACACAGUCCAGCUUUGACAAACCGUGCGUGCCGCUGUCGGUAUCCAACACGAGUGCCGUCGGCGUAUACUCGUCAUUUCAGCCGGCCGCCGCCAGCCAGAAUACGGGCCGGAUCCCUGGCAUGGUGAUGGUGAUCAAUGAGAACACCCAGGCCAACGCAUCCCGCUCGCUCGAAAACUACAAGAAGCUAGCCGAGGUGGCAACCCAGGGCAACAGCGGGAUCCCUAGCGGAGGAAACGGCAGCAACUCAGGAAACAACAGCAGCAGCAAGUCGACCCCUGGAACCCAGAGCACUUCUGUUAAAGACAAACCCACCGCCACCAGCGUUGCCGUCUCAGCGGCCAACUCCAGGAUCUAUGCAGCCACUUCGACGCUGUUGCUUCUUGGUAUCGCAUUUGUGCUUCUGUAA